UCAGUGGGAAGUCAAGGAACUGAUAAGAAGUCUGUGCCAACUGAAGGUCUGCCUGUCAUAUGUUGCUUUAGCAUAUAAUCCUCAAAUCCAGAAUCUCUUGGCCCCCGGAACUCCUGCCCUGCAGCUUCGGUCCUCUCAAAACUCUUCUCUCAUCUUUUUGUUCUCUUUUUGUGACAAAAAUGGCCACAGCUGGGAAGGUCAUCAAAUGCAAGGCAGCAGUGGCCUGGGAGCCCAACAAGCCUUUGGUCAUUGAAGAGAUUGAAGUUGCCCCACCAGAGGCGAACGAGGUCCGCAUCAAGAUUGUGGCGACUGCGUUGUGCCAUACGGACCUGCACCACCUUUUUAAAAGUAUGGGUAAAGAGGGUUUCCCAACAGUUCUUGGCCAUGAGGCAGCUGGGAUUGUAGAGAGUGUUGGGCCUGGAGUAACAGAAUAUCAGCCAGGGGACAAAGUUAUCCCUCUGUUCAUCUCCCAGUGUAGAAAAUGUCGCUUCUGUAUGAGCCCUAAGACCAACCAGUGCGAGCAAGCAUGGAAGGGCACAUCUCGUCCCAAUGUGAUGGCACCACCAGAGUCCAGGUUUACCUGUAAAGGCCAGAAGGUGUUGCAGUUUACAGGAACCAGUACCUUCUCUGAGUACACUGUGGUUAGCGAGAUGUCUGUAGCUAAGAUCGACCCCGCUGCCCCUCUGGACAAAGUCUGUCUCCUUGGGUGUGGGAUCUGCACGGGAUAUGGAGCAGCAGUUAACACUGCUAAGGUAGAACCGGACUCCACAUGUGCUGUGUUUGGCCUGGGCGCUGUGGGUUUGGCGGCAGUCAUGGGAUGCAAGGCUGCAGGAGCCAAGAGGAUUAUUGCUGUUGACAUCAAUCCAGACAAGUUUGAGAAGGCCAAAGUGUUUGGUGCAACCGACGUUGUGAAUCCCAAGGAUCAUGAUAAACCCAUCAGCCAAGUGCUGGCUGAGAUGACCAAUGGAGGAGUGGACUUCUCCCUGGAAUGUGUUGGGGAUGUGGGAGUUAUGCGCAGUGCUUUGGAGUCUUGCAUACAAGGUUGGGGUGUCAGCGUGAUUGUUGGCUGGACAGACUUGGAAGACUUUUCUGCCCGACCAGUUCAGCUCAUCGCUGGACGCACAUGGACAGGCUCUGCGUUUGGAGGCUUUAAGGGUAGGGAUGCUGUACCUCAGAUGGUUAAGGCCUACCUGGACAAGAAGGUGAAGCUGGAUGAGUUCAUCACUCACAGAAUGACUCUGGACCAGGUCAAUGAUGCCAUUGAACUGUUGAAGCAUGGCAAAUGCAUCCGGACAGUCAUGAGCGUUUCUCCAGAAUAAGAUCAAUGACCCCAAAGUAAUCAGUAAUUUACCACUCUUUACAAACUCUCAGUAGUAAUCAAACACAAAAUACAAUGCAUAUGAUUACAGAUCUAUUAAACUGUGAACAAGUCUUGAACAAGCAACAAUAUUCAGUGAAUUACACAGAGAUUGUGAUGUGAGGAUGAUCUGCAGUUUUCAUAUAAGCAAAAUCUAAACAUGUCAAAGUGUUUAUAGAGUAAAAUAAAUGUUUAAACAGA